AUGAUUAAAGUGGCCAUUAUCGGCGGCGGUCUCAUCGCCCCUCGACACGCCCAGGCGGUGAUUUCCAAUCCAUCCACCGAGCUCAUCGCACUUGUCGAGCCAUCUUCAACGGGUCCCGAGACAGCUGCGAGAUUCAAUACUCGUCAUUACUACUCCGUUUCGGCGUUGCUCGCAGAUGAACAACACAAACCUGACGCGGCCAUCGUCUGCACGCCCAACCACACCCACGUUGCCGUCUCACAGGAAUUACUCGCAGCUGGGGUGCACGUCCUCGUAGAAAAGCCUAUCAGCAAUGACAUCGACAGUGGGCGGACUCUCGUGCAAUAUGCCCAGCAACUAGAAAACAAGAAAGGCCAUGUGAAGUUACUUGUGGGCCAUCAUCGCCGCUUCAAUCCCUAUCUCGUUAAGACGAAGCAAAUCGUCGACUCUGGGUCAUUAGGACGGAUUAUCGCGAUCAACGGCCUCUGGACCAUCUUCAAACCGCCAGAAUAUUUUGAUCCUCCUACGGAAUGGCGUCGGUCCAAGGAGUCUGGUGGCGUUAUUCUCAUCAAUCUGGUGCAUGACAUCGAUCUUCUGCAUUACCUGUUCGGCCCGAUUGUUCGAAUUCACGCUGAACGAGUUGCUAAGCAGCGUCAACCACCGCAUGAUGCAGACGAAGGGGCUGCGUUGACUCUGAGAUUUGUCUCCGGCGUCGUGGGCACCUUUCUCGUGUGCGACGCAACGCCUUCACCGUACAACUUCGAGACUGGGACGGGAGAGAACUUGGCGAUUCCCAAGAUUCCAACCAAUGGACCUGAUCAUAAUCCUUCCAGUCCUUCUGCCAGUUUCUACCACAUCUUUGGCUCCGACGCCUCGCUCAGCGUGCCGAACAUGACCCGGUGGAGUUACGAUGGCCGCCAGAGUAAAUCGUGGACGCAGCCGCUGACCGUGGAGAAAUUUGAUGUUGACGAUUCGGCGACACCGUAUGACCUGCAACUGGCGCACUUUGUAGACGUGAUUCGUGGGAACGCAGAACCGAGCUGCUCUGGAGUCGCGGGAUUGCAGGCGUUGAUUGUGUGUGACGCUAUCCGAAAAGCGUUGGAAAGUGGUGAGACAGUUAACAUCGAUAUAUAG